GAUGCAGAAGCAGACGGUGCGGACGCUCUCUCUGAUCCUCUGCAUGCUCUCCUACCUGCUGGUGGGCGCCGCCGUCUUCGACGCGCUGGAGAGUGAGACGGAGAGUGAGAGGAAGCGCAUGCUGGAGCAGAAGCGUGGCGAGAUGAAGCGCCAGUACCGCUUCAGCGAGGAGGAUUACCGCGAGAUUGAGCGGGUGGUGCUGCAGGCGGAACCCCACCGUGCCGGCCGCCAGUGGAAAUUCGCCGGCUCCUUCUACUUCGCCAUCACCGUCAUCACCACCAUAGGUUAUGGCCAUGCUGCUCCAGGAACUGAUGCUGGCAAAGUCUUCUGCAUGUUUUAUGCUGUCCUGGGCAUCCCUCUGACCCUGGUUAUGUUCCAGAGCCUGGGUGAAAGAAUGAACACUUUUGUCCGGUUCCUCCUCCACCGAGCCAAGCAGUGCCUGGGCUUCCGGCGGACGGAAGUAUCCAUGGAGAACAUGGUACUGAUCGGCUUCCUGUCUUGCUUGGGGACACUUUGUGUAGGAGCGGCUGCCUUUUCCCACUUUGAAGGUUGGACCUUCUUCCAUGCCUACUACUAUUGCUUCAUCACCUUGACUACAAUUGGCUUUGGAGACUUUGUGGCAUUACAGAAGAACGAGGACCUUCAGGAGAAGACACCCUACGUGGUCUUCAGCUUCAUGUACAUCCUGGUCGGGUUGACGGUGAUUGGGGCCUUCCUCAACUUGGUGGUGCUGCGAUUCCUGACAAUGAAUAGCGAAGAUGAGAGAAGGGAUGCUCAAGAAAGGGCUUCAAUGAAGAGAUGUCAGAACCUGGGAUUCCUAGCUGAUGGAAGAGACAGGCACAGCCAUAGUACCCUCUUUCUGCCAAUGGAGGAAGGCACUAGCUGUACCAACCUAAUUCCAUCCCCAGCAGAUGAAAGAUACUCCCGUCCGACCCUGCCACGGCUUCCUUCAAGCCCAUCCCAUGAGCAAUCUUGCUUAAGUUCCUUCUGCUCCUACGUUUGCUACCGCCUUGGCUUGAGCAACAGCAUCAUCCCAUCCCAACAUGAGCAUCCCAGCUGCCACAUCAAAUCAGUCUACUACAACUCCAUUUCUUACAGAAUCCAUGGGGAUUCCCUGAUCAGAGACAACACUGGGCUUUCUUCCCCAGGUAGCAAUCUUUCUCCUGGGCACAGCUUUAGAGAAUUCCCCCGCUUACGGAGGAAGUCCGUGUAACUUGCCUCAUUUUAAGCAGGCUUCAUUUUAAGACAGUAUUUGCACAGGUUGGAUGGUGGAUAUUAAACACAUCUAUUUUUGUAGCACACAAAACAAAAUAGACAAUGAUAUACAACAAAGGUCUUUCCAAGACAAUCUAAAACUUGCUGGGAUAUUUGUGAACAGGUUAUACAUUAAUCACCCCAUGAGGGUAAUUCUUCUAUUUCUAUAAGCAAAUGUCAAACCUUAAAGUCCCAGGGAAUCUAAGCCCAUGUUACCUUUUUAGGUAGGUCUUGCUUGUCCUAUAAAUAACAUACCAGUGACAAAUAAAUGGUCACUGAAAUUCUAACAAGCUAACAACCAAGCGAAAGCCAACCUAGCACACAUAACUGAGCUGUCAAGCUACCUCAUCUCCCACUGUUUGUUUAUUCAGCCACCCAGCCAUUUCCUGGAUGUACUUCCAGCAGUAAACUGAAUAAGAACCAUACCUUCUGUAUAAAAGAUGGUUGUUUUUAGUUAGCAGACACAGUAGUCUCCAUAAAAGGUAUUUUUGCUGUCUGUCACAGCAUGUUGGGGUUAAUAUUAAGUCAUAAAUAUGAGCUCAAAAUGCAGCCUGUCAGCUUAUAUUUGAUAUUAAUUGAAUAUUUGCAUCCAAUUCAGUUGAACAACGCUGGAAUUACAACCAUUUUCAUACACAGCCUCUCAUUUUAGGGGGCUCAGAAGUAACUGAACAAUCAUACAUUUGUCAUUUUUUAAAAACUUGAUUGCAGAUCCUUUGUAGUCAAUGAUUGCCUGGAGUCUGGAAUCCAUAGAUACUCGGUUUCUUACCUGGUGAUGCUCUGCCAGGCUUUUACUGUCUUAGCUGGCUUCUGAUCAGUUGCCUGCUUGAUUGAGACUGAGGUCAGAAGAUUAACUUGGUCAUUGCAGGACAUUCCACUACUUUGCCUUAAAUAGUCUUGGGUUGCUUUCACAGCAUGGUUCGAUUAAUUUUCCAUCUGUACUGUGAAGUGCUCUCCAAUGAGUUUUGAAGCAUUUGGCUGAGUCUGAAUAGAUAAUAGAGGUCUAUACACUUCAGAAUUCAUCCUGUCAGCAGUCACAUUUUCAGUAGAUACAAAGUAAUCAGUUUCAUUGGUAGCCAUACAUGCCCGUGCCAUAACACUACCUCCAUCAUGCUUCACAGAUGAUUCCUUCCUUUCUUCAUGCUAUUCUAUUUCCAUCAUUCUGGUACGUUAUUCUUUGACUCAUCUGUUUAUAAGAUGUUGUUCCAGAACUGUACAGGCUUUUGUAAAUGUUUUUUGGCUUCCUGUUUUUGGUUUACAUCUUGUAGCAAACCCUCUGUAUUCACUCUGGUGAAGUCUUCUCUUGAUUGUUAACUGACACAGAUGUGCUGACCUCCUAGAGGGUGUUCUUGAUCCGGCCAGUGUGGCCAAGUGUGUGUUCCUUCUUUUUAAGAAUGUACCAAAUAAUUGGCCACACCUAAUGUUUUUGAUUGCUCCUGAAGAUGGCUUAGGCUGUAGACUAUAUAUCUGCUCACUUUGGGGCAGAUAAUGAGGGAAUAACACACACCUGGCCAUGGAACAGGCGAGCAACCAAAUGUCCAGUUACUUUUAAGGCCUUAAAAAUGAGAAGCUAUGUAUGAAAAUAGUUGUAAUUCCUACAAUGUAUGUAAAUACUCUUAAAUGAAAGUAGAAAGUCUGUAUUUUGAGCUCAUAUUUAUUAUGUAAUCCCAAUAUUGCUAAAGAUAUCUACAAUGUCAAUAACUUUGUCAAUGUCCAAUUAUUUAUGGACCUGAAUGAAUAUGUUGAAUAUGUUUCUGCACGCUUGCAAAGUUGUGUUGAGUUAUGCUUCACUGUGUUGGGUUAAGGCAUAUGAUCAAGCAUUAGAAUAUUAAGUCACACCCAGAUACUACCCAGACAAGUAGGAUCAGGAGUUUUUAAGCAGUGCCAUUUUUUUCAUCCACACUUUGCUGAAUGUUUAAUGUAUGAUUCAAAGUUAGUAUCGUACAAGCACUUUUAAGAUUUUACUCUGCUUUCUCUGGGACUUUAAGACAAUAACACAAAAUAAGCCCAUCAUGGUCUAGAGUUUCACAAGAAUGCUUUUUUCGUAGCAGCUCUCUAAGUUUAUGCCUGCGGGAGAUCAUGCUGUUCUCCACAUUAUAACAGCUAUUACACUCUUGCUAAAUGUGUUUUUUUUAUGCAACAGAAUCACCCGGAAACACCUGCACCUCCAAAUUGGCAUCAGUCUUCCCCAUUAGGGAAAAGAGAGCUGUUUUACAAACAAGCCUAUUAUUUUCAAUGUGAAAGACCCUUUUUAGGCAAUGCCAAGGGAUCAGCUUUUGACUGGCCUUGUUCUAACCAAUCGAUUUCCACUUUAUUCCUUUGUGAAUUCAUGUUGGACUUCUUUCUGUACUCCUUUCUAGCUAAGCGUUAAUUACUGAAGGCAAAAGAUCAUCCUCCUACGCCAUAUAUUUUUAGAAAGCCUAGCCCUGCCUGGUUCUGUAUAUUCGAAAGAAGUGAUUGAUUUACAAGAGAUGCCUGUACUGUACAUGAGAAAAUGGCACAUGAUCAUGUUUAGCUGGAUGUUUUAAGAGUUUUUGUAUCUUUUAAUUGCAUGCAAAUGCAAAUGCAUGGCCAAAUGAAUGUGAUGGGAGAAAGCCUCGAAACAAGACAAUCACGUCUGCAUGAAAAUAAUAAGCUCUCAAUUAUGAUCCCACUGGGAGACAUUUCUAUUUAGAGUGAUCCCUUAAUUUCUCAAGCGAAAAUGAAAAUGAUAAGUGAAAAUGAAAAUGAAAAUCCUUUAAUUCUCCUUCUUAGCGCUGUCUGAGACGCAAAAGAAAAGGGGCUGUAACAUGGAGAUACUCAGUGCCUGAGUGAAAAAGACUUUGCUAACUUUUCGUUUUAUAUUUAUGAGGGUGGCAUUUGAUGAUAUUAAAUUUGCACCAGAGGAAUGGCUCUUGGCCCUAAAACUGAAGGGUUUUUCACUGGCUGCUGUCAGCAGCAUUCGGAGCCAAUAUCAAUUCUGCAUGCAUUAGCAUGUCCUGGAAAUGGAGAUGAUUUAUACUGAUGUAGCACAUGCUUGCAUCUGAGUUUCAUGCUUAAAUGUCAUUGAUGAUAAUUGCCUGUGCUGCUACAAUGCACAUUCUGUAUGGGUUCAACCUGAAAACAUUUGUCCUGAUAGCACACAAAUGACAAUAACUACUGUAUACAAUAGCUACACUCACACAACCUAUCACAAUGAGCUGUCUUUCCUUUAGUCUAAUAGGCCCUUUUCACAAGAAAGGGAAUGGCGUAAAUGCUGGGUAAAACAAGUUCCACUAUUGCUUUACAGACCAUUAUUAAUCUGAGAAAUCCGGGCGUUCAUAUCACUUCAGCUCACUUUAUUUUUGUCAUAGUUGCCAAGAUUGGAACUCAAGGUUGUGUCCAGAACAGAUGGAGAACCAAACACACAACAAUGUGUGAGUCCAAACUAAUUAAAGGAUGUAAAUGCUUUGUCAAUGGAUGGGUGAAAAUGACCUUAACCAGAAUACUAGAUUAGAGCUGGUAACUGGAGAUGUUGAAACAGCUUGCUAACAAUAACUAGGUAGUUAACAAAAAGCAAGAGGGGAGGCACACAGUGUCAUCAUGGUUUGUGGCAUCCCUGUAGUAUCACUUUUACACAAACACCUGCUACAGUGAACGAACAUCUGCUUGCAAAGCCCUCGCUCUCUCAGAUGCCGACAGCUUUUGAGGGAGAAAAUGAAAACUGUUCCUCUGAAAGUGGUUGUAGCAGCAACUUUAGAGCAUGAACUGCACGUUAACUUUAGAAAGCAGCAUUGAAAUGCUGAGAGGUUUUUUCCUCCGUAUGACAAAGUUUAUUCCUUUGUUAACUGCACAGGCUCGUUUCUCUUCUGCUCAUGGCCAGCUGACAAACCACUGAAACUGAGAUAAGGUUAUUUUUGUUUCAAACUCAAUCACCUGAGUGAGCUGAACAUGGUCUGCUUGUCAUCAUUGUUAUUGUUAUUGCUUUAGUGGAAGCAACAUUACCAAGCAAUGACAACUUCCAGUAGAAAAAAUGCAGAAAUGUGAAAAGGGCCUAUCACUUUAUUCUUAUGUGAAAUCAUGCUGGACUUCUUUCUGUACUCCUUUCUAGCUAAGCGUUAAUUACUGAAGGCAAUCCUCCUAUGCCAUAUAUUUUAAGUAAACCAGCUAUGCCUGGUUCCCUAUAUUCAAAAGAAGUUAUCGAUUUGCAAAAGAUGUCUGUACUGUACUGACGUAGCAUGUACCUGCAUCUGAUUUUUAUGCUGACACAUAAAGAUAACAAAGUCAGCAACACUGUUAGGCCUCAUUGUACAUAUAAACUGUACAGUUGAAUACAAAAUUUUGGUCAAAUGACAUGAUUUUAUUGUUGAAGUCAAAUAAAGUUACACAUCCUCUUCAGAAAACAUACUCAAGUAUUUUUCUGCAAAGUUUAAAGCACAAUUUCUAUUUUUUGCUAAGUUUAACCUAUUGAAAAAAAAACUUUAUUAUUACAUUUAAUAUGCCAGAACUUGUGCACAAGCCACAUUUUAUGUUGUAUUUUCCCCCACUGUGUUAAAUAAACGGUAAUUGUGUAUUAAAUUAUGCAGAACAUAGGGCGUCCAAACUUGCACUGAAGAAUAAAUGUACAAUGACAUAAUCAUGUCUUGGUCAUACUAGAUGUUCUAUGCUGUCAUAUGCUGGCAUGACAGACUGUUUUCAGUCACAUAACAGAGAGUGUGUUUACAUAUACUCAAUAACUGCAGAAAAUCAGAUUUUGUCAAAAAUUCAUUCAGCGUGUUUACAUGUAUUUGGAUAAUCAGAUAAUGGGUAAACUACAGGUCUACACGAGCCAGGCAGUAAUUAGUUUUCUGCUUUGCAAUUGACCAAAAAAAAAAUCAUAGAAUAUGUUGUGACAUAAACCUCAUUUUAGCGGAAAACAGGAGAUGAAGAAUAUUUAAAUACUUCAUUUUGUCAAGCAUGUAGUCAUUUUCAGUGGUGUGUUGCAUCUCGUGGGUGCUGUGUUAAACUCUGCUUGCUGUUUCUGGGAGAUGUGCAAACUGAACGAAACGAAAGAAAUCAGAGUAAGAGUUCACAUACACUGAUGUGAACUCCUUAAUCAGAUUUCUAGGCCUUAAUCUGAUCUGAAAGUGCUGAAAUCUGAUUAUGAUUGGAUUUUUAAGUGCAUGAUAGCACACUCAGUGUUGUGUAGCCAUUACAGUAAUUGCAGGACACGUAUCAUAAUGUUUGAUGUCAUGACAGAUUACAUCAUGCUAAUUUCUACUAUGUGUGAUCAUGACCUCAAACAAUGACAUCUGCCAUGACAGUUCAAGGCCACCAGAUGCACCUAAUCUUAUUCUGAAAUUCUUUUGUUUUUAAUGGAGCAUGCUUCAAUUUCUCAGCAUUUUGCCAUUAUUACAUUCAAUCAAAGACAUAUGGAGACCACAGAAAGCAACAGUAGAUCACAUGCAGUGUGCUUACAUGGAGAAAGGCAGCCAGUCUUUUAGAUAAACAGUACACAGGCUAAUGAAAACAGCAGAGAUCAGUUAGUUCAUGCUGGUCUGGUGCUGCUUUAGCUGGUCACCUAGCAUGGUUAUGCUUUUUGACCAGCUUACCGGCAUCAGAAACACUGGUUUUGGUGUUGACCAGUGUUGCUGGUCCAUGCUGGAUGAUGCUACGUGUGCGUUCGUCAUACAGUGGCCUUAACAGUAAUGGGACUUUUGUAUCUGUUAUAUUACUGGACAUAAUCUGUCAUGACAGCUUAUAAGAGCAUAUGACAACUGUCAUGGUUAUGUCAAUGUUAUGUGAAUAUUAUGCAGCAAGGUUCACAUAAAGUGAUGUUUCUUCUUCUUUAGUUACAAAGCCUGAAACCACAUAAGCAGCUCUAUUUAUUACACAUCCAGUCCCUCAAGCUUGAUAUCCACGAACAUGUAUAUCCACGAAAAGUGAACUAUAUUUCAUUCCUACGCAUUGUACGUAUCCUGGAAAUGGUCUUUUAGCCAAAUAUGUACUAAUUCAUCUUAAGACCAGGCUGUUUACUGAGCUGGGCGAUGCUGCUUUUAGCUAGUGGUGCAAAUGUUUGGCUGUUUUCUUAAAUGGUUUUGGUUGUUUUAACCAAACUGGUUGUCUUUCUUCUCAUUCUCUCUCUGGCACUUGGCUACAUCUAAAAUAAGGAUCCCCAUCCGUGUAAACCCAAGCUUAAAUAAAGAAUACCAUGAUGAUGAUCAGUGUGCGAAAAACCCCUUAGUAUUUGGGGGGGUCCCAUGCUGGCUGGCUACUUCAGUGUUUACAGCCUGCUAACUCACUCGCCAUAGUGGCAUUGAUGCUUUAAUGGCAACAAAAUGUUUGGUUUUUACAGUUAUUCUGGAAAUGCUCUAUUUUAGCUUAUUUUAGUUAAUACACUCUUCCACACAUUAAUUGAGAUCUACUUUGGUCUUUGGUUUGAGAAAUGAGUAACAGUUGACUUUUCCUUCCAGUUGCUUAAGAAAUUGGGCUAAUUUUCAGAUUUUACAAAUAUACUACGACAUAUUGUAAAGUUUUUCAGAAGUAUCUCAGGCAUAGUUACAGUUGCUAGGCUAUGACCAACUGGGUGAGCUAGUCUGCUACAGUGCCACCCAGUGCUGCUAAAAGACAGGAGGUCUGUAUUUCGCACCUUGAUGAUAAUGAUAAUGAUGAUGAUGAUGAUGAAAAUGAUUUGAGAUUAUUUAAUCAUUUGCAGCAGACAUUGCAUUAUUUAGGUAUGCAGUUAACACAAUGCUUACUGGAGACUAAACAUACGUUACUUUUUAGCUACAUUAGCCUCGUAGCUUCAGACACCAAACAUGUCUUGGCUGAUCGACUACAUUUGAGGCAAAAGGAAAAACUGGGUAAAUCAGAUUUCUUGCCAACUUAUCACUGAACUAAAGGUGACCCAGGUGGCAGUUAAGAGGAGGUUUAGCUUGGCGGCAGAUAUGACAAGGUUUCCACAAAAAUAUUGAAUCAUUCCCUUUUUGUUUGAGAAUUGCAUGUCUGUGCUGUUUCUCUGCUUGCCAAUGUAACACUUUAUUUUGAUGGUCCAUUGUGUGAUGACGUUGCAGAUGUUCACCUUAUCUUUAACUGUCUUUAACUUAAUAUCCAUUUGACCAUUCAACACUUACUUUUACACUAAUGUAGGGGACUAAUCAAGAUCUCUGCAUUAUUUAAUGGUUAUGAUUAAAACAGCGUCAUUCAGAGUGGUUUGGUGUGAAAUGCUCUCUUUUAGAGAAACUUACAGUCGAAUUGUUCACAGUAGUGGUGAUAGGAACCAGACGUCUGACUUUAUUUACAUCCCAACGAUUGAAUUGUGCACAUUUUGAAUUACUGGUGCAAUUCCUCUUUAAUGUCAACCCAAAACCUAAACCAAAUCCCCAAAUUCAGACCUAAACCCAAAACUGGUUCUUAUCAUAAAGCUGAUGCUGUUCGUUAUUAUGAAAGCUCAUUCCUGCCAAACACAGGAGAAAAAAAAAUCACCUUUUU